CUUCUCAAUUUUAUUGUUAAACUCACGUUCUUGUUCAAUAAAUGGCCACAUAUUCUUGGAUGUUUAAUUUCAAGAGAAAUUAAAUCUGACGAAUGAAAAUAAAGCAGACAGACAAACUGGUUGUGUGUUCUGUGACCGUACAUUACCAAACCGAAGGGCAGAACCUAAAUGAAUCGGUACACCCUGACAUUGGUAGGGGAGAAAGAAUCACCGAGCUUGCCAGGUCUGACAGGAAGUCUAGCUCCCACGACCGCGCUCGCUUCCGGCGUCACUUCCCCGGCGACUCCCUCGGCAGAACAUGGCAGCGCUGAGCAAUGUCCGCUGGCUGACCCGAGCGGUGCUCGGCGCUCGGAACUCCGGGGCAUGGAGAGGUCUCCGAACAGCAGCUUCGGCUCAAGCCGCUUCACAGAGUCAGGCACAAGAUGUGAGGGUGGAGGGUGCCUUUCCUGUGACAAUGCUACCUGGAGACGGUGUGGGGCCAGAGCUCAUGCAUGCUGUCAAGGAAGUGUUCAAGGCUGCUGCUGUCCCUGUGGAAUUCAAGGAGCACCACCUAAGUGAGGUGCAGAAUAUGGCUUCUGAGGAGAAGCUGGAGCAGGUGCUGAGUUCCAUGAAGGAGAACAAAGUUGCCAUCAUUGGAAAGAUCUACACCCCAAUGGAGUAUAAGGGUGAACUAGCCUCCUAUGAUAUGCAACUGAGGCGUAAGUUGGAUUUGUUUGCCAACGUGGUCCAUGUGAAGUCACUUCCUGGAUAUAAGACUCGGCACAACAAUCUAGACCUGGUGAUCAUUCGAGAACAGACAGAAGGGGAGUAUAGCUCUCUGGAACAUGAGAGUGCAAGGGGUGUCAUUGAGUGCCUGAAGAUCGUCACUCGAACCAAGUCUCAGAGGAUUGCAAAGUUUGCCUUUGACUAUGCCACCAAAAAAGGGCGGAGCAAGGUCACAGCUGUCCAUAAAGCCAACAUCAUGAAACUUGGAGAUGGGCUGUUCUUGCAGUGCUGUGAGGAAGUUGCUGAACUGUACCCUAAAAUCAAGUUUGAAACAAUGAUCAUAGACAACUGUUGCAUGCAGCUGGUGCAGAAUCCUUACCAGUUUGAUGUGCUUGUGAUGCCCAAUCUCUAUGGGAACAUUAUCGACAAUCUGGCUGCUGGCCUUGUUGGGGGAGCUGGUGUGGUUCCUGGUGAGAGCUACAGUGCAGAGUAUGCAGUUUUUGAGACGGGCGCUCGGCACCCAUUUGCCCAGGCAGUGGGCAGGAAUAUAGCCAAUCCCACAGCCAUGCUGCUGUCAGCUUCCAACAUGCUACGGCAUCUCAACCUUGAGUAUCACUCCAGCAUGAUUGCAGAUGCAGUGAAGAAGGUGAUCAAGGUUGGCAAGGUAAGUUCCGAAGGCUUCAAGGACUCAGCACUGUGCUAUCCUGUGCUAUUGUGGGGACCUGAGGGACCUCUCUCCUCCAGGCCCCCACAAUAUGCUGUGAUCUCAGAUCUCAGGGCUGUUCUUCACUUCCCCUCUUGGCUGUUUCAUCCUCUUGGUCUCCUUUACCUUAGUUCCAUCUGCUGUUCCUUUUCCUGCACCACCCUUUGCCCUUGGGCCAUCUGAAUACAGACCUUGCAGCUUUGCCCAGGGUGGAGAUUGCAGGCAGGGUUAGCAGCCUGGUUUCCCUUCCACUUGGUCUCAUUUCCUGCAAGGUAACCUCAUCUCAUCCCUUCUGAUGUGCUCCUCCUCCUGUCUUGUGCUCCGGUACUGCCUUGUCUGCUCAGGUGGGCAGUCCUUGACCACACCUGCUUACUCCCUUCCACUCUUUCCACAUCUUGUCUUUCUUGGUCUCCAUCUCAUCAUGCUGCCCCAUCUCCUUCAUGGGCUCUCUCUUCUUCCCCCACGGCUAUUGCUGGUGGUGGCUGUAGGUCCGGACUCGAGACAUGGGAGGCUACAGCACCACAACUGACUUCAUCAAGUCCGUCAUCGGCCAUCUGCACCCCCAUGGGGGCUAGAGCCCUUUACUUCCUCCUUCAAAAGGAUCAUGCUUCGAAUACAUCCCUUCAGUACAGUGGACCAGAAGAGACCAUCUAGACAGUAGACAAUAAAUAACUGCUUUUCUGGCAGAGGCUAGGUUGUCCUGGGGGCUGGCUUUAAGGGUACCACCUCACAGGAUGGGCUGUUGAGACAGGGCCCAGACUGUAAGAUUAUCACUUUUUCCCACAGGUUCGAACCUCAGAUAUGGGUGGUUAUGCCACAUGUCAUGACUUCACUGAAGCUGUUAUUACUGCCCUAUCAUAAAUCCUAUAUGCCCAUGUAAAAAUAAAAAUAAAUAUAGACAAACACA